GAAAUCCUUCAACUACUCAACAAAGAGAAGUAGAAAAGAAAAAGGGAACCGAUUUCCAAAUUUUCGCCACCUCCGUUGUCUUGGAUCUCUUUCUUUCUUCUCAUCACUUCCUCUCCCUCUAAAGUUUUCACCUUCUUUUACUGAAGAGGAAGCUCUAAUCUUCUGAUAGCAAGGUUUCUCUUUUAGCUUCGAUUUGCUCUCUACGGAUCUCUAAAUCUUCUAAUUCGAGAAGAUGCUUCCUCUUUCGCUGCUCAAGACUGCUCAAGGGCAUCCCAUGCUUGUGGAGCUCAAGAAUGGAGAGACCUACAAUGGGCAUUUAGUAAAUUGCGAUACGUGGAUGAACAUUCAUCUGCGUGAAGUCAUCUGCACAUCAAAGGACGGAGACAGGUUUUGGAGGAUGCCCGAAUGUUACAUCCGCGGUAACACAAUCAAGUACCUUCGAGUUCCAGAUGAGGUGAUUGAUAAAGUACAGGAGGAGAAGACCCGUACAGAUAGAAAACCACCGGGGGUUGGACGUGGAAGAGGACGUGGUAUGGAUGAUGGAGGGGGCAGAGGCCGAGGCCGAGGAGCUCCAAUGGCGAAGAUGACUGGCAACAGAGGAGCAGGUCGUGGCCGUGGUUGAUGCCAACAACUUAUAUAAAAAGACUAUCCAGUCUCUGCUGCUGCUGCACUCGCAUUUUAAGAGUUCUCUUGUUUUUUUUUCUUUUAAAUCUUUGUGUUUUUAUUUCGUCUUUGAGCUGAAUAUAUAAAAUUAAAUCACAAUGAGCCGAAUAUAAAAAAAUUUGAAGCUGUUCUAAGCUUUUUGGUA